AUGCAACAGACCGGAACGACGGUCACGAUCUCGACGGGCUCCGUCGAGGGCCAAGAGGAAAACGGAUUGCGGAUCUUCCGCGGGAUUCCGUUUGCUGAACCACCGACAGGCAACUUGCGCUUUCGUCCGACCGUACCGGCCGCGCCGUGGGACGGCACACUGCCGGCCGAUGAUUUUGGUCCACCCUGCCCGCAAACGGCGUUGGGUCCAGAAUUCUUGGCCGGCGACUUCGCCCGGCCGAGCAACGAGGAUUGCCUAACUCUCAACGUCUGGGCACACGACGACGGUCAGCAACGACCUGUGAUGGUCUUCAUCUACGGCGGUGGGUUUGUCAGCGGCGACUCGGCGUGGCCACUGUACGAGGCAACUGAUCUUGCCAUCAAUGCGGACGUCACCGUCGUGAGUAUCAACUACCGACUCGGUGUUUUGGGUUACCUGGCGACCGAGGAACUGGCCGAGGAAAGCGGAAUUGACAGCGCCGGCAACUAUGGUCUGCACGACCAAAUCGAAGCCUUGCGCUGGGUCCAAACCAACAUCCGCGCCUUUGGUGGUGAUCCGGACAACGUCACGGUGUUCGGCGAGUCCGCUGGCGCGAUUUCGGUCUGCGCCAUCCUGGGCGCGCCCAGCGCAGAUGAUCUCUUUCAUAAAGCGAUCAUCGAAUCAGGGAUCGGCGGGCCGGUCAACACCCCGAGUAUCAUGGAAGGCGGGGCCGCGCUGAUGGAAGAACUCGGCUGCGACGAUGCGUUUGAUCCCUUGCGCUGCUUAAGAACGCUUCCGCUGGAGGACCUGGAAGGCGCAACGAAGAUUCUGUCCAUUUUUUCGGGUGACCUCGCAGAGCUUACGGCCGUCUCGCCGCAUGUGGAUGGCACGCUGAUUCCCGAGCAACCUCUCUUGCGCUUGUCGCAACCGGGCGCCGACAAACCGUUGAUCGUUGGCUCCAAUGAGGACGAAGGUAUCCUGUUUGCCGGCGCCGCGGUGGUCGUGACGCGAGCGGGGUUUGAACGGGCCGUCGAGGACAUGACGGGCGCGACGUCAUCGACGGCCGAGGCGGUGGUCGAUCUCUACUCGCGGCUGGACUACCCGCUCGCGAGCGAUGCGUGGCUCGCGUUUUUGGGUGAGCUGUCAUUCAUUUGCCCCGGUGUCUCAGCGGCCCGCGAGGCCGCCGGGGGCGCGCCGGCGUACGCUUACCACUUUACGCGCAGCCCCUUGCUCACCCGCGCUAUCGGCGUCGCGCACGGUAUUGAAUUGUUCUACGUCUUCUCGAGCUUCGACGAGAUUCCGCUUGUUACAACGCCACCCGACCGCCGCGUCGAACAGACCAUGCAGCGCGCGUGGGGAAGCUUUGCGCACACCGGUACACCGGAUCUGGCCGAGACCUGGCCUGCAUACUCUGCAACAUCUCCUGCAUUCGCGAUUUUGGAUGACCCGGUCGACAUCGUGACCGAGAUCCGCGGCGGGCGUUGCGACGACCUCCGCCGCCUGGGCCUGGUUCCCUAG